AUGGCGCUAAGUGGCAACAUCUUGGCUGCCUGGAUUCCUAACCAGCCAGUCAAUCCGAAAGAUCCAACGAUGGAAACAUUCCAAAUUGAAUUCGGGACCUCCAUUUCUUUUUCAUAUGUUGCUACUGUUACAACAUUGCUUCCGUCAACACAUCCCACAUGGUCGCUCGCAACAAUCCGGUCUGCCAUGUUGACAACUUCAAGUAUAUUGAACAACUAUGAUCGUCCAAUAGUUAGAAACAAUGACUACGAGUCACAAACCCCUCUUGCAUUUGGGACUGGACAUGUCAAUCCACAGAGAGCCCUGGAUCCUGGUCUCAUAUAUGAUGCAGAUGUAGAUGAUUAUCCAGGGAACCUUAAUUACCCUUCAAUUCCGACAUUAUUUAGCCAUGAGAGGAGAAUUCAAGUGUUGAAGAGAACAUUGACAAAUGUAGCUGAAGAGACACCAGAAACUUACACAGUGAAGGUUAUCAGUCCAAAAUCAAACAAAGUGGCAAUUCGGGUUAUACCUAAGAAGCUCACAUUUAAGAAAAUAUAUCAGAAGUACAGUUAUGAAGUAAAGCUUAAGAGUAAGUUCAAUGGAACCACUGAUGUGGAGUAUGCCUACAUUGUUUGGGAAAGUGAAAAUCACUUUGUUAGGAUCCUUGUUGUGUUCAUGUGGAGAAACCUCUGA